AUGAAUUUAAACCAGCUUCAAUUGAUAAGAACCAAUCCGGGUCACUCCAUAAGAACAAGGACAACAGAGUUACAGUGGAAUUUCACAAUAACCAACAUGGGAAGCCCAAAGUGAGCUUUGAAGGUAUAAGUGAGGAUUACAAGGAGAAUGAUGCGGUCUUGUUCUUUGAUGGUCAGACCUUUCGGUUGGAGCGGUUGCACAGGGCAGUGAAGCGGUUGAGGCAUGUUCGGCUGCCUGGUGAGUCUGCAGCUGCAGCUACCUCAGCCCCAACUGCUUUGGUUGGAUCAGCUGCAGAAUCUUAUUCACCACCACUGGAUAAAGGGGCAAAAGUUCAGUCUUUGAACAAAGGCAUGGUUCAUCAAGUACCAGCUGAGUUUGAACGAAUUGAUGUUGGCAACUCAGAGUGCUUAGGUGCGAAAGCUAAAAAUGUGAAGGAUGUGGAUUAUCCACCUUCACAUCCAAAUCCAUCAACUUCGUCACCAGACUCCAAGGAUUGUGAACUGGAGGAACAUUUAGAUAUAAUAAAUGGUGACUCCGAGGAUUGUGAACUGGAGGAACAUUUAGAUAUAAUAAAUGAUGAUGAUGAUGAUGAUGAUGGCUGUGGAACAGCUGAGAAAGAAAAUAUUACUAAACGGGAAUUCAACACGGGUUUUGAUAUUAACUUACCACAUCCAGCUGACAUGGAUGAUGAGAUUGCUGAAGUAGAUGUCAAUGAUGAUGAAACAGAUAAGGGCCCUAAUGCUGCAGAAGCCCUUAGAGCUCAGGUGAAUGCUGAGGCGAGAGAGGAGCAGACUUCGAGUGCCAGCAGUAGCAGUGGGAGUGACAGUAGCGGGACUGAAAGUGGGAGCAAGAGCGGGAGCGGAAGCAGAAGCAGUAGUAGCAGCAGUGAUAGUGAAAGCAGUGAUGGUGACUCUGUCAACUCAAUCUAGUAUGAACCAAGUGGAUCACCUUGGAACUAAUUUCUGUAACCUUGGUUGACAUAAUGUGGUUUUUGCAUGGUCAAGAGCUUAUUGAAUUGAACAUUGAGGCAAAAGAGUGGGAAUGCGUCUCCUGGAUCUAAACUUGACAGAGCUUUUAUAAAUGACUGUAUGCUGAACACAUUCUCUGGUUCUGGGUUGGCCAUGUGAAGGUGACACCAGCUCUGGGAGUCGAAGUCUAGGAGCAUUUCCAAUUUCUACAAAAACGGAGCUUAAGUUUCUUGUUCUCUUUCCAUUUCAGAGAAAAAGCAACAUUGCAAACCAAGCUUGGCUCUAAGGAUUGAUGACUAGACAGACUCGAUUGCCAUGUCUUUGUAAAGUAUGCGUAGGACUUUUGUGGUGAAGAUAAAGGUGUCCUCCUGGCCCUUUAAUUGUCCAAUGUAUUAAUUCCUUUACUAAUAUUAUUUAACUAACUGUAGAAGGUAAAUCUGCCUCUUAUUAUUAUUAUUAUUAUUAUUAUUAUCUCUCUC